AUGCAUGAUAUUAUUCGAGAUGUCUCUAUAUCGAUCGCAGAAGAUGAGAAAAAAUAUCUAGUAAAACAUGGCAUCGAAAAGUGGCCAGUGAAAGGCAGAUAUGAACAUUACUCGGCAAUCUCAUUAAGGUUCACUGCAAAUAUUCAUGAGUUUCCCAAUGAGUUGGAAUGUAGAGGGCUCCAUACCUUGGUGUUAGCGUGCAGCAAUGACUCACCAACAGAUUUUCCAAACAAUUUUUUCAAUGGAAUGGAAAACAAUCUUGAAGUCCUAGAUCUGAGUGAAAUGCCUAUAAAGAGCCUCCCAUCAUCACUUUCAACAUUAGUUGAACUUCGGAUGUUAUGUCUAAAUGGCGGCAGAUUGAUGACAGAGAUAGCUUUAUUGGGGAUAUUGGGGAGCUUAAGGAACCUUGAGAUACUUAGCCUCACAGGUAUGAAAAAGGUUCUGUUUCACAGCGAAGAUGGAAUGGGAUUUUCGGAAUUACAGUUUCUAAAAUCUCAACCACGAAUUCUGCCAGGUUCUUUUUGUAACUUGUGUGAAUUGCGUGUUAAAAAUUGUCAAUUUAAAUUUCUCUUCACACACUCCAUUGCAAGAGGUCUUGAGCAACUCCAACGUCUAGAAAUAGGAGACUGUGAGGAUAUGGAAGAAAUUAUUAGAAAUGAAAGACAAGGAGACGAGGAGGAAAUUAUUUUUCAUCAUUUAAAAAAAAUGGUGUUAGAGGACUUACCCAACCUUAGAAGCUUCUAUUCAAGUAUGAAAAACACUUCAACAACAGAGGCAAACAAUUCUAACCCUUCACGACCUCUCUUUUGUGAAAAGGUGGCAUUCCCUGCCUUGGAGUACUUGGAAAUUUGGAAUGUAGAUAACAUAUCAGGGAUAAUAGGGGACAAACAAUUAAAACUCCCAGUCCAACAAGAAGAGAAUGAAUCCUUUUGGAACCUACCGCAUCUCCGAGAUCUACGUAUAGUCCGUUGCACCGAAUUGAAAGCAAUAGUAGUAGCUAAUAAGGAAGGAGGGGCACACGAUAAGCCUCUCAUUUUUCAUGAAUUGUGUUCUCUUCGUCUUCGAGGUUUGAAGAAUCUGAAGAGUUUCUACAGCAUUUGUGGAUCUAAAACAGAAGAAGAAAUUUCCAAACCACAACCCCUCUUUAAUGAAAAGGUGACAUUCCCUGUCUUGGAGGACUUGACAAUCGAAUUUGUAGGAAACAUAUCAGGGAUAAUAGGGGACAAACAAUUAAAACUCCUAGUCCAACAAGAAGAGAAUGAAUCCUUUUGGAACCUACCGCGUCUCCGAAAUCUACGCAUAGUCUAUUGCUCCGAAUUGAAAGCAAUAUUAGUAGCUAAUAAGGAAGGAGGGGCCCACGAUAAGCCUUUCAUUUUUCGUGACCUGCAUUCUCUACAUCUUGAAUGUUUGAAGAAUCUGAAGAGUUUCUACAGUAUUUGUGGAUCUAAAGCAGAAAAAGAAAUUUUCAAACCACAACCCCUCUUUAAUGAAAAGGUUGUGUUUCCUUCCUUGGAAAAAUUGAGAAUUUGGAGACUAAGCAACUUUAAACAAAUAUGGAUUAGCACACCUAACUCCUUUAAUAAACUAAGAAGUUUGCGUGUGGAGUGGUGUGAAGAAUUACUAUAUGUUGCUCCAUUAGAACUUCUUGGAAGUUUGCAGAAUCUACAAUCACUUGAGAUAAAAAAUUGUGAGUCCAUAGAAGAGGUAUUCAAAACCAGAGGAUCAAAUGCAGGGGAAGGAAUAGUUUCAAGAGAUGAAGCAACAAGCGAACAAGUUGAAAUUAUUCCCGUGCCCCAUCAAUUAAAAAGGGUUUCCAUUAAAAAAUGUUCACACCUGGUAAGCUUUUGCUCUGGAUAUAAAUUGCCACCAUCAGUGCAAUUGUCAAUACAAGGAUGCCCCUCCUUUUGACCCCUAAUGUGAGAUAGAAAAUCAACAAAUCUUUCCAUUCCAAUGAAGAGGUGAUUCAAUAUUGUGAUAUGUUUAGACAAGGUUAGCUCUGCCUUUACAUGGGAGUCCAGAUUAUCAAAGAAAAUUUGGCUCAUUAUCAUCUUAUGUUAGCUAGUAUAUCACAAAUAUGCUGAAUGAUGGUUAUUUGUUCAUUUGGAUGUGUCAAAAUUGACUUUAUUUUUAUUUUUUUAGUUUAAGAUUUGCUUGGUUUGGGCUGCAUAAUAAGUAUGUAAAUCUAAGAGACCAUUUGAUUAUGUGUAAUACUAUAUAUUGUUAUGAACCAUGGUUGUGUAUACUGUUGUUGGAUUUGAAAAAUAUUAUUGUGUGGACCAA